AUGACCAACUCAUCAAGCUUCAAGCACGAUCAUCCUUUUGAGAAGAGAAAGGAGGUUGCCGAGAGAAUUAGAUCAAAGUACCAAGACAGAAUCCCAGUCAUCGUCGAGAAGGCUCCAAGAUCUGAUGCCCCAGAUAUCGAUAAGAAGAAAUACCUAGUUCCAGCAGAUAUCACAGUUGGAAAGUUUGUCUAUGAGAUCAGAAAGCAUAUGCCAAAGAUCAACGCUGAGAAGGCUAUCUACUUGUUUGUCAACAAUACUCUCCCACCAACCGCUGCUCUUAUCUCACAGAUCUACGACCGCUACAAGGACGAGGAUGGAUUCCUGUACAUUACCUACAGUGGUGAGAACACCUUUGGAUCCGACGACUGCUAA